ACUGCCCACCAGCAGUACAGUCUCCCGACUGCACUAGACCAACAUGGCCUUCCUGCGUGUUGCUACGUGUGCUGCAGCUCUAGUGGUCCUCGCCUCGGCUGACCACGGAGGCGGCGGAGGAUUCAAGGGAUCAUCCUUCGGCGGAGGAUUCAAGGGAUCCUUCGGCGGAGGCCAUAGCGGCGGCGGCUUCAUCUCCAGCGGCGGAUACGGAGGCAGCGGACGGCGCAUCGGCGGAAUCACCACUGGUGGAUACGGUGGCGGAUCCAGCGGUGGAUACGGCGGUGGACGCAUCAUUUCCAGCGGUGGAUUCGGCGGUGGUUACGGCGGUGGAUCCCGUGGUGGAUUCGGCGGUGGAUACGGCGGCGGAUCUCGCGGCUUCAGCGGAGGAUACGGCGGUGGAUCCCGCAGCUUCGGUGGUGGAUACGGCGGCGGACGCAUCAUCUCUAGCGGCGGAUACGGCGGUGGAUCCAGCGGCGGUUACGGCGGCGGACGCAUCAUUUCCAGCGGUGGAUACGGCGGUGGAUCCCGUGGAUUCGGCGGCGGAUACGGCGGAGGGUCUCGUGGCUAUUACGGAUAAAAUGAUUGUCUACCAAACUAAAAGAUAUAACUUAUUUCACAACAAUUGGGGGUCUAGAUAUGAAAACAAUACUGUACUUCAUGGUAAAAUAGGGUGCUGUAACACAACAUGUGCUCUGAUACGGUGACAAACUGUUGUGGAAAAUAUAUUUUUGAAACAUA